AUGCCUAAAGCUCACAAGGAGUGUUUUUCAGGUUUAAACCCCCCAAACCAACUCGGCAAGCGAACCUCCCACCCCGCGCGCAACCCACCUCCCGCCCCGCGCGCCUCCCACCUCCCGCGCGCGUCGCCUCCCACCACCUGCCGCGCGCCCCGGCUGCCGCCGCCCACUCCGCCGCGCGCGCCCGGCGACCGCCGCCACACCACUGCCGCGCCCCGGCGACCGCCGCCCCACCACCUGCCGCGGCCCCCGGCGACCGCCGCCCCCACCACUCGCUGCGCCCCCGGCGACCGCCGCCCCACCACUCGCCGCGCCGCCCCGGCGACCGCCGGCGACCGCCCGCCCCCACCACUGCAGCGCACGAGGCUCCGCCGCCCCGUCACCGGCAGCGCGCACGACCUCCACCGCCCCACCACCUGCCACGCGCACAGCCCCCGCUGUCCCCACCAACUGUCGGAGGCGCCACUGUCGCCCUAG